AAAACUUUUUUUGUUUCAGACAUGUCAGAUACAUGCAGAUGAUGUAUUAUGAAGUCUAUUGGGUUUGAUGGCAGUAGUUCUACAUUUUGAUUGGAUUACAGAGACAACUAAUGGUACUAGAUAACAUGGAGAAGAAACACCAAAUAAGUGAAGUGAAGACUGAUGUCAGACUGUUACUUGAGUGUUUGAAAUGUCAAGUCGACAACCCAUCUGCAAUGAAACAAGCUUUCAGAACACUGGCUAAUAUAUUUAAUAAUAUUGGAACAGAUGAGAUUAAAGAUUAUUUCCGUGAUUUAGGAGGAUUAGACUUUAUAACGACCUUCAACAAAACUGUGACCAAUGUGGAAGUCAAAGAAGCUGCAAUAUUUUGUUUAGGAUGUGCUGUAGAAAAUAAUAUUUAUUCACAGAAAGAGUUGACCACAAUAGCACAGUUUAUGAAUCUACACAAAACCCUUUCAGAUGAGAAAUCAACAAUGAGACUAAAACAUGCAUCGUCUUAUUUGCUGCUUACAUUAGUGUCAAACAACGGUUUAGGACAGUCACUAGCUAAGAAGAGUUUGUGUUUAUCAGAUCUUCUUAGUCUUUUGAGGACAUCUUUACCAAGUGUUGGUAAGACAGAUUGCUGGUUUGAUGAUGCUGGGACAACUGGUCUAGAGUUAUGGUCUAGUGUAGCAGCAGCUCUCUGUAUGUGUGUCAACAAUCCUCAAAAUGAAGAGAACCAGAGAGUAUGUGGAUUUGUACUGCCAUAUGUUUUUACAGUAAUACAACAACAUGAUUCAGAUGUCAUUAGACCGUUACUCUCAUUCAUCAGAUUUACAGUGGCUAAUAAUGACACAAACCAGAAACAAGUAAAAAGAUGUGGAGGACUGAAUGUGUUGUCAGAUAAGUUAAACCAGUGUAUAGGGAAACCUAUUGACAGACUCUCCAUUCAGUUUAUCAAUACUAUUGAUGCUUGUAUUACAGACAAUGUGGAGAAUGCAGAAGAAAUUGGACGAUUAGAGACAGUGAAAUCAAUGGUCAAAUUACUGGAUACUGACAAGAUAUCUCAAGACGAAAAAUUACAAAUUGUGGUUACACUUGUCCAUGCUGUGGAAAUGUCAGAUCAAAACAAAAUUCAUAUCUUAGAAGAGUCAGGCUUGUUUGCUUUGAUGAAGAGCUUGAAUGAUAUUGAAUCUGGAGAUGAAGAACUCUUUAAAGCUAUCAAAUAUCUUCUACAAUUGUGUACAAAAAAAACUGAAGAAGAACCACAGAAUGAAACAGCAGAAAUGUUGGAUAUCUUGAAGAAAACUGAAGCCAUGCAUAAGAACAGUGGCCUACUGCUUCUCCAUAAAAUCAAUGAAUUGUCUGAUCGACUCCAAUCAUUUGAAGAAGAAAGUGCCCGCGAGUUUGAGCAGGUGACAUCACCUGUAUCAUGUUCAUCAGAAUAUCAUGUCAAUGAUUUGAAUAAUAACUCAAGAUAUAUGCCUCAAAAUUCAGAGAGCAAGAGGGUAUUGCAGUUUCCCAGUUCUGUAGGGACCCCAAAUAAAUAUGGUAUAUCCGGGAAUUGUAUAUCAAGUGCAUCAACACCUUGUAGUGAAUUUAAAAGAAAAAAGAUUCGGCUUUUGUCUGGAAAUCAAGAUGUUCAGGGAAAUCACCUAAAUGGCUUUGUUCAGAGAACACCGUCCAAGUUGUAUUUGAUGCAAGAUAUUAGAAAUGAAAUGAUUCCAUCAAAUAUGUAUCAAACUUUGCAAAAACAUCCACAAAAUUGUCAUCAGGCUGUUAAUGAAAAUUUUACACCAAUAAAAAGUUUUUAUCGUGAAAAUGGUGACAUGGAGGAGUACAGUAGAAUGAAUGAUUUUGUUCAGCCUCAAAAUAAUGCUGUGGAUAAUAGGACAUUGCCAAGUCAUUUAAGAUCAACACCUAAUUCUAAAGCCACAUAUCUAGAUAAUAUGGACUGUCAGACAAACCAUUAUCCACCUAAUUUUGAAGACCAUUUAAGACAGAAUCAGAAUUCUAGUGGUAUAGACAAUCAAUUAUCACGUAAUGGAAAUGAAAAUAUUAAAAAUGCGUACUAUAAUGAAGUUGAGUUGUCACGUUUGAAGCCAACAAUAGAAUCUGAUUUAAAUUUAGAACAACGAGAGUAUCAGCAAUACCUUAACGAUUCGAUUCAUUGCCAACGUCCAGAUGAUAAUUUUGCCGUGAGAGGUCUAAAUGAUAGUUUUAUUGCAAGAGUCCUUGAUGAUAGUUCAAUAGCUAGGGUACCAGAGAAAAUUUAUUCAGGCAGAAAACAAGGAAACAGUUUCAGCUUAAAAGAUUCAGCAAACGACUUGCCGAUUUCUGGUCCGGGAAGACAGCGUACAACAGACCCUCAUGUUCGUUCUUUUGGUAGGAGUGAAGGCUAUCAACAAAUGAACGAGAAAGGAGAUGAUACUUACCGCAUGGAAGCUAAUUGUGCUGUGAAAAAUUUGAAGGAAGUUUUCGAUUAUGAUCAUAAAAGUGGUGUUAUUUCUCAGUUCAGUUGCCAUGACAAAUCGAUAAAGCAACAUUUUGAAAAUUCACAAGUCACACAUCAGAAUCCUACAAAUGACCAGCAUGGACAAAGGGAUGAAAUACGUCAAAAAGCACAAAGAAAAGAAAAUGACCUUGAACUUCACUCAGCCAAUAUGGAAGGGCCACUAUACUUGGUAGAAUCAGUACAACAUAUCGAAAAGUUGGGUACCGAAAUUGAUAUCAAUAACAAUUUGACAAACCCUGAUGAUAAAAAUAUUACCAUAGACUAUAAACAUAAGAAAAAAAAGGCUAGUUUAGGUCAAAGUUUAAAUUUAGAAAAGAAAUCAAAUGAGGUAGAAUCUGUCUUCCUUCAAGGAAAACAAGAGAAGAAUAGAUCAACUACAAAACCAAAGAAAUAUGAAAUUAGGAUAAUAGAAUCUGAACCAAAAGAUAAACAAAAUGUAGUUGAAGUUGAAAAGUUUUUAGAUGGUGGGUCCAAUGGAAACCACAUCCCAGAAAGUUGUCUUGAUAAUUCUCAAGGUGAUGGACAUGAAGAUACCCAAGAACAGGACAGAAAUAAUACUAGUCUGGAAAGAGAACAAGGAAGCAAUUCAUUUAAGAGUAAGAAGCUUGACAAAGUGUCACAUAAAUUACCAUUACAAAAAAGUAAACCAAAGGAUACAACACCAAAGCUUAGUCAGACACAGUUAAAUUGUAAACAAAAUGGUACAACACCAAGGCUUAGUGAAACUCAGUUUAAAAGUAAAUCAAAUGGUACCACACCAAGGCUUAGACAAAAUCCUUUAAAGAAGACUGAGAACAUUGAUUCUUCAGCAUGCCCAGAGGAAAGAACAGUAACAGAUUUCGGGAAUGAUGCAUCAUUGUCUCUUAGUGUCAGAAAACAGAAAAACAGCAAAGCUUUUGACGAUGACAAAUUCCUCAAACCAGUAGGUAGACCUUUGAGACCAAAGACAAAAACAUCUGUAAGAAGAGCUGAACCGUUUUGGAAACGUUCCUUUAAUGGAUAUGACUCAGAUUCAGAUUGCUUAAGUUCUGGGGAUGAAGGGUCAGUGUUUGAUAAAGAACUGGUUCAAACAGCAAGACAUAGCAUACAACCAUGUGGUAGCAGGAACAGCUUUCUACCAUUGACACCCAUUCAUAGAAAAAUUGCACCAAGUUCUGGGAGCCUGUCUACAGUCAGCAAUACAAGAGUGUUGAAUAUAAAACCAUGCAGAUAUCAACAAUCUAUCUGUUCAUCCCCAGGUUCAUCAUACACAGAUACCAGUAUUUCUUCCAGUUCACCUACAAAUUCACCUGAGAGGAGUUGUCCAGGGUGUAUUGGUGUAAAACUGAACAGUCGAACAUUCAACAUAGUUUUGGAAACCAGUUCUUUCACUUGUCCAAGUCAUCGAGGUAUCAGACAGCUUGAAAGACAGUACAUCAAAAGUUUACCUCCGAACACCUCUGGCAAAGUAAAGAGGAAACCAGUAUUCCCACUGACAGGGAACCAGAAGAGAGGAUUGGAGGUUUAUGACUUCAGUAGUGAUUCUAAUGAUGGAGAGCUUACCCCUCCUGAGAGAAUGAGAGAUGAUCUAACUGUUCCAAGUCAAUUAAGACAGGUUUUUAAUGGAAAGAGACGAAGAAGAGUUUCUUUCACUGAGGAGGAGAUUCAAAAUUUAGUGAAUGGAGUUAACAGUUUUGGGAAGAGUUGGGCAUUGAUUCUUCAAAAUUUUGAAUUUCAUGAAUCUAGAACUCAGGUUGACUUAAAGGACAAAUACAGAGGAAUAGAGAAAAAGUCUGGUAUAAUAAGAUCUACCCCAAAACCAGGGAGAGGAAAACCAUUUUCAAUGUGUGAAGAUCGUAGAUUAUUACGUGGUGUAAAGCAACAUGGAUAUAAUUGGAAAACUAUUUUAGGAUCGUCUACUUUUUCUAAAGAGAGAACAAGUGAAGAUUUGAGAAAUAGAUGGAGAACACUUCACAGAAAACACAUGAAAUUGUAAAGAUGUUUGUCACAUGUUGUCUGCCAAUAUAAACAGUUGUAUAGAGAAUUUUUGUGUUAAUGAGAAUAUGGUUGUAUCUUU